AUGCAAAAUCAACAAGUAGAACUGGACGAAGAAGAGCUACGGCGCCGCUCGCAAAUGAGCAUCGACUUGGAAGCGACUCUCAAUCGAGCGAGAAAUGGAGGAGUGCAUCCAAACGCGACUCCGCCGGACAUCCGAAAGAUCCCCAGAGCAGUGGUCUUGUGCGCUUCUGUUUACGCGAUUCUGACGCUAGUAGCGAUAGCGAUUAUUCUCGGAGUAACGUUGACGAAGAAGGAAUAA